GAAAGUAAACUGCUCUCUUGUAGGACUGCCUGUGGGUGAGGGAAGCUAGGAGCAGAGUGAAGAAAGAGGGAUUACUAGCUAGCCCAGGACAUGUGAUGACUUGACUGUUUAUCCCCCGGGGCAUUCUGGGUACGUUAAAGAUAUAAUCUAUAUUUAACUCUGCCUCUGAAAAUGAACCGAGGGUGUUUCAGCCUUUCUCCCUCAUGCUCCUAGUUCAGAGUUGAAGUGGACAUCUUGCCUGGGGAGUCAUAAACAAGAAGCUGCACAUCCAAAGGGUCUUGAAGAAGGUUCAGUUUGCUCAAAGCAAACAAAAAAAGCUCAAGGAAUUUCCUUUAUGGCUACUUCGUAGUAAUACGGGACUAUUCGAAGGGAUUCCAAAGGUAUUCUCCCAGGGUCUCCCGGAGCUUCUCCAGAGGAGGAGGAGGAGGAGAAGGCGGAGGAGGACGCGGUCACGUGACUCCUGCUGGUCCCUCCCUAUGACGUCACUGCGUUUGGAGCCGUAGCCCUAGAGAAAGGAUGCUCUCCCAAACGGUGGGGCUAGGCUGAACGAUGUUGCAUUGCAGUAUUGAAGAUAUUAUCAGAUUUUUGCUGAAAUCCAGGUAAACAAGGUUUAUGGCAUUCCAUUGAUCAGUUGGCCUGUUGACCCUGCCAAAAAUGGAAAUCUGGAUACUCUGGCCUGACUUGUUUUGGAUGGAGCCCUAAGACUCCAGAUUUGAUGGGAAAAUGCUGAUCUUCACUUUACUGAUGGAAGAUAUCAGAUGAAAUAACAUGUGUUAUUAAUAUGGUUAAUGCAGGAGAGAUGAAUGGUUCUGGUAACCUGAUGGAUUUCCUUGAUGAGCCUUUUCCUGACGUUGGGACCUAUGAGGACUUCCACACCAUUGAUUGGUUACGGGAAAAGUCCCGUGACACAGAUAGGCACAGGAAGAUAACUAGCAAAAGCAAAGAAUCCAUAUGGGAGUUCAUCAAAAGCUUAUUGGACGCUUGGUCAGGAUGGGUCGUGAUGCUCCUCAUUGGCCUCUUGGCAGGCACUCUGGCCGGAGUCAUAGACUUGGCUGUGGACUGGAUGACAGAUCUAAAAGAAGGCGUUUGCCUGUCUGCAUUUUGGUACAGCCACGAGCAGUGCUGCUGGACAUCCAACGAGACUACUUUUGAAGACAGGGACAAGUGUCCGUUGUGGCAGAAGUGGUCCGAGCUUCUGGUAAAUCAAUCAGAGGGUGCCAGUGCAUAUAUUUUGAACUACUUUCUGUACAUACUGUGGGCUCUAUCUUUCGCAUUUUUGGCUGUCUCCUUAGUCAGGGUGUUUGCACCAUAUGCUUGUGGCUCUGGUAUUCCAGAGAUAAAGACCAUCUUGAGCGGCUUUAUUAUAAGAGGCUACUUGGGGAAGUGGACGCUCUUAAUCAAAACAGUGACCCUAGUGCUGGUAGUAUCUUCUGGCCUCAGCCUUGGAAAGGAAGGCCCUUUGGUCCACGUGGCUUGUUGCUGUGGUAACUUCUUCAGUAGCCUGUUUUCCAAGUAUAGCAAGAAUGAGGGAAAGAGGAGAGAGGUACUUUCAGCGGCAGCUGCUGCUGGGGUCUCUGUCGCCUUUGGUGCCCCCAUUGGGGGUGUACUUUUCAGUCUCGAAGAGGUCAGUUAUUAUUUUCCCUUAAAGACCCUCUGGAGGUCAUUUUUUGCUGCCCUGGUGGCUGCCUUUACACUGAGGUCCAUCAAUCCCUUUGGGAACAGCCGUCUGGUUCUCUUUUAUGUGGAAUACCACACCCCCUGGUACAUGGCUGAACUUUUCCCCUUCAUCCUCCUCGGUGUCUUUGGGGGUCUCUGGGGGACUCUUUUCAUUCGCUGUAACAUUGCCUGGUGUAGAAGACGGAAGACCACACAGCUAGGAAAGUAUCCUGUGCUGGAGGUCAUCGUGGUGACAGCCAUCACCGCCAUAAUUGCUUACCCUAAUCCAUACACUCGCCAGAGCACCAGUGAGCUCAUCUCGGAGCUGUUCAAUGAUUGCGGAGCCUUGGAGUCCUCCCAGCUCUGUGAUUACAUCAAUGACCCUAACAUGACGAGGCCUGUGGAUGACAUUCCCGAUAGACCGGCUGGGGCUGGGGUUUAUACCGCUAUGUGGCAGCUGGCUUUAGCCCUCAUCUUCAAAAUCAUCAUUACGAUAUUUACUUUUGGCAUGAAGAUCCCUUCAGGCCUUUUCAUUCCCAGCAUGGCUGUGGGAGCCAUGGCGGGCAGAAUGGUGGGGAUAGGAGUGGAACAGCUGGCUUAUCACCACCAUGACUGGAUCAUCUUCAGGAACUGGUGCCGGCCUGGAGCAGACUGUGUCACUCCUGGACUCUACGCCAUGGUGGGAGCUGCAGCCUGCCUAGGUGGCGUUACCCGGAUGACUGUGUCGCUGGUGGUGAUCAUGUUCGAGUUGACAGGAGGCCUGGAGUACAUCGUGCCGCUGAUGGCCGCGGCCGUGACCAGCAAGUGGGUGGCGGACGCCUUCGGGAAGGAGGGCAUCUACGAGGCGCACAUCCACCUAAACGGGUACCCGUUUCUGGACGUCAAGGACGAGUUCACCCACAGGACGCUGGCCACGGACGUCAUGAGGCCCAGGCGCGGGGAGCCGCCGCUCUCUGUGCUCACCCAGGACAGCAUGACGGUGGAGGACGUCGAGACGCUGAUCAAAGAGACCGACUACAACGGCUUCCCUGUGGUGGUUUCCAAAGACUCCGAGCGCCUCAUCGGUUUUGCCCAGAGGAGAGAACUCAUCCUGGCCAUCAAAAAUGCCAGGCAGCGGCAGGACGGGAUCGUGAGCAAUUCCAUCAUGUACUUCACGGAAGAGCCGCCCGAGCUGCCUGCGAAUAGCCCUCAUCCGCUGAAGCUGAGGCGCAUUCUGAACCUGAGCCCCUUCACGGUCACGGACCACACGCCCAUGGAGACGGUGGUGGACAUCUUUCGGAAGCUGGGGCUCCGGCAAUGCCUGGUGACGCGGAGUGGGAGGCUGCUCGGCAUCAUAACAAAAAAGGAUGUGCUAAGACAUAUGGCUCAGAUGGCCAAUCAGGACCCUGAAUCCAUCAUGUUCAAUUAGGCCACUCGUACUGCUAAGGCAUGGGAAUAUUACUUUGGAGAAAAACAAAAAAGGCUGCAUCAUCAUUUGUUUUUUAAAGGAAAUAACUAUAUGCCACAAAACCAAAAUGAAAAAAUCUUACGCAGAGGGAGCAGCGUGAAGCCACACUCCAAAAGGGCUUGAGGAAGGAUGAGAAUUUUACUGAAUAGAUAAGUUAGCACUUUAACCCUCUACACGUUCCAAACUGUGGUUCCCUAAAGUGUUUACUAAGAGCUCAGCUGGUACCCAGGUAAAUGUAAUUAGUGUGGCCUACACAUAGCAAAGAAGCAACAAUAACACUAAAGGAGGGCCUUGUGGGAGGCCUUCACUUAGGAACAAAUGGGAAGCUUCAAAUUCAAAAGCCUAGAGGAAUAAGUAUGUAAAUCUCUUUAUUUAUUUGUAACUGAAGUUUUGUUGCUUUGUUACUGAAUCAUAAAAAGACAUUUGUUACUUAUUUUGUUUUAAAAAAUUAAAUUUGGAGAGACUUAAAGAUGUAAGAAUGGAAAGAAAUCCACUCCUGGAAAGUCUUUUUCUCUUUCACAUAUUUUGGUCACUCAGUUGUUGCAUAGCCAUCAUCAUGGCCGAGUGUUAAAAUCAAAGACUUUUUUUUUAGAAGAAUGACUCUCUUCUCUAUGCAAGACUUCGAUCUUAAAACUGCACUAUGAAAGAUUUCUUGAGUUUGAUUCUGGAUGGCAUUAUCCUCUAUAGAAAGAAAUACAUUCUUAUUUUGAAGGCAUCCAAAGCUGGUGAUUUAUUUGAAUCUGGGUUGCAUUAACUUAAUUUCUUUACUCCUGUUGAUUAAAUUUUCUUAAAUGCAGUUUAAUUAAAUUUCUUAAAUUCUUAAGUUCAACAUGGGACAACAGAAAUGCUUUUGAUGUGUUAGAACAGUUCCUGACACCAGCAUACGAUGAAAACUUGUUCUAAGUUCCAAAUGGGGCAUAUAUCAUCAAAAUAGAUUAGCCACUGUUAGUACCUUUUUUAAAAUCCCAGAUCUUUUUAUUUUAUUUUAUUUUAUUUUUUUUUCAAACCCAUACCUUCUGUUUUGGAGUCAAUACUGUGUAUUGGCUCCAAGGCAGAAGAGUGGUAAGGGGUAAGCAAUGGGGGUUAAGUGACUUGCCCAGGGUCACACAGCUGGGAAGUGGCUGAGGCCAGAUUUGAACCUAGGACCUUCCGUCUCUAGGCCUGACUCUCCAUCCACUGAGCCACCCAGUUCCCCCACCCCCCCAAUUCCCCAGAUCUUUUUAAAUUACCAUUUUCAAAUAAAGUAAAGGUUCAUAAUGGAAAGCCACUCUAAACCGGAUGAGAAAAUAAAAAUAAGAACGAGUCUCUAAAUAGAUAAUAAAUCCUUCGCAUUCUGUUCUCUCUGGAGUGCAACCUGGACCAGCAGUUUCAGUAUGUUCUUUCAAAUCGACCACUGAAAUCUCGGGAGCAUUGGUCUCGUUUCAACCUCCUGGUUCCCUUUUCUAUAGGAUGAGUAUCCUUGAAAUGUAAAGUAAAUAGAACAUACGUUUCCUUUCCCAUUUGGGGUCAAAAGGUUAAGAUGUCUUCAGGAUGAAACAGUGGUGCAACCAUCUUAGGUGGAAUUUGUCAAAUUACUCCUUUUAUUUUCCUUUGUGGCCUUUUCUUUUCUGGACCCAUUCCUACUCUUUUCUGACUCAAUUUUCCUGAAGAACUAGAUACUCAAUUGUCCCUACUACGAAUCUCUUCCCUCCCUUUGCCUUACGUUCCAAGACAUGGAAUCUCUAAUCUUGGCAUUUCAGAUUGAUUUUAGACAUUAGAUUUUUUCACUUUGGAUAAAACCAUGGCAGUGGUAUAUUUUUGUGGGAGAGGUCAAGACAUUGACCCAAAUCAGUCAGUCCUGGUUUUUCCCUCUGCUCCCUCUCACAAAACAUGGAAAACUACUUCGUUAUAGAAAAGUCCAGAAGACGAUAAAUAAAUUUUUAAAACUUUUUUUUUUGUGAAGAUAGGACCCCAUUUUUUGCUCUAUCAAUAACCUUCAAGCCCUUCAACAACUGCCUUUGUUGUAAAAAUUAUGACUUUCCUGAGGGCCCAUGCUUAAUGUUUUUAAAUUGUGGUUUCAGUCUUAUAGUGGACAAAUUGAAGCAUCUUGAAACUUGGAGGAAGAGAAGUAAAGGUAGGGGUGGCAAAUCCAUAGCUGAUUUAAUUGAUUCCUUGUCAUUUGCAUGAAAUUAUUACUCUCCACCCUUAGACCAUGCCAUACCCUCAAUGUGAAUUAGAAUGAGCCAUCGUAUGAUUUUCUGUCAUCCAGAACCACUUUUAGUUAAAGCCUUCUGGGUUUAGUUUCUAAAAGGUGCAAUUCAGCAAUGAUGGGACAUGCAAAUAUCAGUAAGUCUACAAGAUUUAUUUUCAUUCACAGCUCCUCAGAAUAAACCCAGUAUCUGAAUAAUUGGAGUAAGGUGAAUAAUAAGGAAGAGAGAGCUUAAUUAAUUGCCUCUCUGUACCAUUUAAAAUAAUUCGGCUUCUCUCCGUUCCUAUUUUCUUGAAAAUUUACACUGGUAACUUGGCUAGUGCUGAGUUGCCAGUUCUUGGGGGAAUCCUGGGGCUAUUUCUUGUAGACACAUAGGAUAUUUCAAUCCCUUUAAGAAGCAUCCUAGAAUUCUGGGAGGUGAGUCAGAAGAAAUUAAUAUUUACAAUAUAAGGGAAUGUAGGUUUUUUAGGUUGGUGUAUAUUCAUUUACAGGAUCAAAUACUUUUAAAUUUGUUUGCAAGGGUGACCUGGUUCUUUUGCCUGAAUUUUAUGCAAUAAAGACACUAGCAGUCAAAUUCCCCAGUUCAAUCUUUUCCAUGGUGCAAUGGAAAGCAUGCUGGAUUUGGAUACAGAACACCUGAGUUCAAAUUCUGGCUCUGCUAUUUGGCUACUUGUGGGACCUUAGGAAAGUCAUCUCCCUUCACUGGACCUCAUUUUCUUCGACAGUAAAAUAAGGGGGCUGGACUAGAUGAUCUCCGAGGUCUCUUCCUUCAUCUCUCCCACCUUCUUCCUCUGAAGAAGUCCAUUCAUGGACAAACUAAUGGCAAAUGAAAAACAGACAAAUUACUCUCGAGUAAAUGGAUUCUCUGGAAAUGAAGUGGUUGUAUACCAUUUGACAGAUACAUUUCUGAAAAAAACUCCCACCCUAAUCAACAAAUAAGGUUAUUUGACUUUUCUAGACUCAAUUUCAAACUACUCUCAGAUUCCUUUUCCCAUUGUUAGGUUGACCUUCAGGCAAUGAAGACUAUGCCAGUGGAACAGGAACUCUGGCAGAUUCUUCCAUGCUGGAAAAGCUACCUACAGAGAUUCAUCACUACUUGGCUUGCUUCUAGGGGACUGAUGAAUUCUUUGGCCAAGGCAACUCAGAAAAAAGUCUCUGAAAUCUUAGCAAAAGAGACAUUAUCAAUGUAUGUCAGCCUUCACACUCAUAAAAGCUACAAAGCUGAAAGGUUAGCAUGGCUUGACCAUCUUUGGGGAGGAAUAAUUACUUCAGAAUGUAAUUUUAACAUACAAAUUCAUCUCACUACUUAAUAUCAGGGCUCGGGACUGGAAAAGAUGAGAAGCCAAAUGGAUGAGAAAUCUUGAAUCAUGACCCAAGUUAAGUAUUGUAUUUUAAUUUUGCAUGAACAGUAUUUUGUUAGACUCGGCUUCUGACAUUUAUACUAGAAGCCUAGUGAACGUACCCAACCUGGGUGAGAUUAACCAGAUCCCAAACUAACUGCCACUGGAAUAUUAUUCAUCUUAUGUCCUGGGUAUGCUGGAAAUGAACCCAUGGGAGAACUCUGAGAUCUAUUUUCAUUUGGUUUUGGAAUGACAGCAUAACAAUGUCAGCUUAAAAAAAUUGUAGCACAUUGUGUAAAUGUUGGCACCUUAUUGAAAAUUAAUGUUUGGACUCUAUUUUUCAAAUAAAACAAAUCUACUAGAAGAGAGUACAUCGUGAA